UAGGCGAAAAUCUACGUCACUACAGGGCCAUAUGACUGUUUGUUUUUUUAACUAUCGAUCUGAGAUUUGAUCUAAGCGGGUAAUUUAAAAAAUUUGUAAAAUAUGUGGCGGGCCAGCUAUGGAGCAGAUGAGUUUUCCCCUAUUAGAGGUAAUUCUUCAUUUAAUGAUGCUUUGAAUGAUGAAAAAGACUCUGAUUAUUUAAGUCUGUGGCAAGAACCUUAUGAUGCAAUUGGAAAGAAUUUGAAUUCUGAGGUGGAAGAAAAGAACUCUUCCAUUCCAUUGUGUAAAGAUGAAUCGCCCUCCAUAAAUAAAGUGUCAGAUAUUCUUCAACCGACUGUCAAUACUCGCAAAGGAAAUAAGAAAGUUUCUUCGUCAAAGGAUUUGUCUAGACUUUCUAAUGUUACCACAAGAAGUAGAAGUUCUUAUAAGAGUGAGAAAAAAUUAGGAGCAAUUCAGGAAAGCAGAUCAACUCACCAUGGAACAGUAUCAAAAACAAGAAAAAAGGAUUCUGAAACAGUCAGGUCUGAAAUGGAUUCAAAUGAAGUGCUCACUUCCAACAAGAUCAAGCAAAACUCUGCAUCAUCUGUGACUGUUUCUGACUAUUCAAAUAACGAAUUACCUCCCAGCAAGAAUAAGCAAAACAAAGAAUUACCUCCCAUGAAGAUUAAAAAAAACAAAAACUCUGCAUCAUGUUUGGCUCCUACUAAUUCAUGUAAAGAAUUGCUUUCCAGUAAGAUAACACUAAACAAAGAUUCUUUAGUCAGUCUUGUCGAGGAGCAACCUGAAAAAAACCCAACUUUUAAUGUUCAUAGUGGCUCAAUAUCUGACCUCAAUUAUCUUGGCUUAUCAGAUGAACCAUGUAAAGUGCUCUCAAGGAGUAAUGCAGUGUUAAAGAAAAGCAAGAAACUUGAAAAGGAUACUAUUAAGAAGUAUAUGCAAAUUGAAAAACCGAAUGAAAUGAAUCUUGAUAAAGAGAAUAAUCAAAAGUCUGAGAACGGUAAUGCUGAGUCUUCUAGCUCAGUUUUGAAACCUGAACAGAUUCAAGCAAAUAUCAUUGAAAAGUUAGUAAAGGAUGCAGUGAGCUUUGAAUUUGAUGGAAUUCGCCAAAUGUUAUAUCUUCAUCAAUUGCAAUUACUUAGGCAUAUGGAUCACAAUGUUUGCUGUAGUGAAUUACAGAGAGCUUUUGAGGACUUAAUUGAAGAAAAUAGAAGAUUAAAGAAUCUUCUAGCUCAACAAAAAACUUAAAAGUAUUGUUUGCUGAGAAGAGUUGAGAAGAAAAGUGAAGAAUAUUUUUAUUGUUUACCCCAAAUACAUAAAUUUAUAUGUGUAUUUUUUAUGUACAUUUAAUAAAGCAUUUUUAUAUAUUUCUAAGUUUUUAAAUA